AUGGAGAGUUGCAGUGAAGGAAUAAAGAAUGAGCUUAUAGAUACACCAUGGCUUUUGAUUGCUGCAAAUGUGAAGAAGGAUUUGCUUUUGUCAUUUCAACCUAUGAAGCGUGAGAUGGAGGAAGCUGAUAUGGCACAAGUAAAACCGUCUGUAGUUUCUCGUUUUGGAAAAGUUCUCUUUUAUGGGAUAUCUUCAAUUUGUAAAGAUAGCCUAAAACUAAACUCAUUGACUGAAACUACUUUGAGAAAAAUGAAAGGAUCUUUCCAUACGGAUGUUCCUCCUUCAUAUAUGGAUUAUGUAGAAAAUCGAGUAGUGGAGAAUCUCGGACUAGAAUAUGUGCAAGGGAAAGAACUGUACUAUGUUAAGCUUUCUGAUAACUUGAGGACAGAAUCAAUUGUUUCCUGCAAAUGUACUGUGGCAAAAGAUCAUAAUAAGAUUCAGCUCUAUAAGAUUGAGUUGAACCGAGUACGCCACAUGGUUGCAGACAUGAGCUGUCUUGGAAAGAGCUCAGACCUCAGAUUGUUUGUAUAUACCAAGAAAAUCAAGAUGGCUUUAUCUGAUGAGGAGAUAAAUGAAAUUAAGGAUCUUAUUAGUUCUGCCAUUUUGGACUCAGAAGUAUCGGGUGGUUUAAGAUGGCCUUUAGACAAGCGUCGUUCUUCAGGGGGUCGAUAUGUUGUUAAUGUUAUUGGUCACACAACUGCAAAAUCAUAUAGGAAUUCAUCAAUUAGGUUUAAGUUUCGACAUGCAAAUUGA